AUGGAAUCUGAUGAAAAAGAACCAGGACUAGAAAAGAAUUAUGUUCAAGAGUCCCAGAGUUAUAGAAAUAAUUUAGAUAAAUCAAAUGAUAUAAAUUCAACUGCAGAUGAAUAUAAAAAUCAAAACGAUGUUGAAACUAUAUCAGAAGAAGAUGAAGAUGAGGUAGAAUUAAUUGACGAAUCUUUAGGUACAACAAUUUUAAAUGAAAUUCAACAAGGUAGUUAUGUUUGUUUAGUAUGUACUGGUGAAAUAGAUCAAGAUUCAACCAUAUGGACUUGUGCUCAUUGUUAUCGAGUUUAUGAUUUAGAUUGUAUUAAAGAUUGGGCAAUUAAUGGUUCAAGUACAAAUAAAGUAAAUAAAUCAUUUAGAUGUCCAAGCUGUAAUACGAAAAUUAAGAAAAGACCUAAAAAAUUCACUUGUUGGUGUGGUAAAAUAUCAAAUCCUGAUAAGAAUCCAUUAAUGCCUUUUAGUUGCGGUAAUUCUUGUAAUUAUAAAUAUCAAAAUUGUAUUCAUAAGUGUUCAAGUAUUUGUCAUCCUGGUAAACAUCCAGUUUGUGGUGCAUUAGGUCCAGUUAUGAAAUGUAAAUGUGGUGAAGAAUCAAGACAAUUACCAUGUAUUAUAACUCCAUAUGAUAAAGGUUGGAGAUGUGAAAAUGAAUGUAAAAAUAUUAAAUUAUGUGAUUUAAAUCAUAGAUGUAAAAAAGGAUGUCAUGAUGGAUUUUGUGGUAAAUGUAAAGAAAAAUUGAUACUUCCUUGCUAUUGUGGUAAAAAUGAAUUGAAACUUCAAUGUUGUAAUAAGGAAUUAAAAGAUUGUGGAGGUUUUAUUGGUGGUGGUUCAUGUAAAUCAAUUAAUAAAAUUUAUUAUGAUUGUAAUGAACAUUACGAAUUAAAACCAUGUCAACCAAUUAAAAAAAUUGAAAAAUGUAAAUAUUCACCAGAUGUAAUAACUACUUGUUAUUGUGGUAAAACUAAAGUUGACACACAAAAUAGAUCAAAAUGUACUGAUCCAGUACCUGAAUGUGACUUAAAAUGUAACAAAUUAUUACCUUGUGGUCAUCAUUGUCAAUUUAAAUGUCAUGAAGGUGAAUGUGAAUGUACAACAAUUUUAGAUUUAAAAUGUUCAUGUGGUAAUGAAAGUUAUUCAGCAAAAUGUAAAUCAAUACAGCAAGGUUUUAAAGCUCCUAAAUGUAAUCAUAAAUGUUCUGUUUUAUUAAGUUGUAGAAGACAUUAUCAUCGUGAACCAUGUUGUGAAUAUGAACAAAUUGGAUUAGAAAGAGAAAGAAUUAAAAAGAAACAAAUUAGAAAUAAUUUAAGAACUAGUCAUAAUGAUUUAAUGUCAAUUGAAGCAAUUCACAUUUGCACAAAAACAUGUAAUAGAUUGAAAAGUUGUGGAUUACAUGAAUGUCAAGCAAUGUGUCAUAAUGGUCCAUGUGAAAUUUGCUUAGAAUCAACAAAUGAUGAUUUAGUAUGUAAUUGUGGAAAAACAAUUAUUCAUGCACCAGUUAGAUGUGGUACUAAAUUAAUUUGUAAUGAACAAUGUAUUAGACCAAAACAAUGUGGUCAUCCUACAGAACAUCAUAAAUGUCAUGAAUUUGGUAGUUGUCCAAACUGUACAGCAUUAAUAAAGAAAACUUGUAAUUGUGGUAAUAAACAUGAUAUUCCAGCUUUAUGUUCACAAGAAAGAGUUAGUUGUGGUAAAAUUUGUCAAGUUGCAAAAGAUUGUGGUCAUCCGUGUUUAAGAACUUGUUCUGGUGAAUGUACAAAAGGUAAUCAUAAUACUUCAAUCAAUUGUCAAUCAUUUUGUAAAAAGGUUAGAACUACUUGUCCUCAUUUAUGUAAAUUAAAAUGUCAUUAUAAUAAAAAACAAUGUGAUGAAGUUAUAUGUAAUGAAAAUGUUCAAUUAUCAUGUGAAUGUGGUAAUUUACAAAGAAAAGUUAAAUGUGGAUCAUCUUUAAUUAAACCAACUACUAUUGGUAUCGUUUUACCUUGUGAUGAUUCAUGUGCUAUAGCUAAACGAGAUGCAAAAUUACGUGCUGCAUUCAAUGUUGAUGACGAAAAAAGUGAAAUUUAUUCAUUAAAUGUUUUGGAAACUUUUCAAAAGCAAAAAAAUUGGUGUUUGAAGAUUGAACGAAUUGUGAAACAAUUUGUAAUUGAUUGUAAUAAUGGUAUUACUAAGAAAACAUUUCAUUUUCAUCCAAUGAAUUCUUUACAACGACAAUUUAUUCAUGAAUUAACUGAUGCUUAUCAUAUUUAUACUGAAUCACAAGAUCAAGAACCAAAAAGGUCUGUGUUUAUGGUUAUUACAAGAUUGACUAAAAUUCCUGAAAAAUCAAUUGAACAAGUUAUUAAUGAAAAUUUACAAAAAGAAAUUGCACAGUCAAAAGUAGAAGAAUUAUCAAAAGAAGAAAUUGAUAAUUCAUCAUUUAAUGCUAUUUUAAUUAAAGAUUUAUUUUUUGGUAUUGGUAAAAAAGAUUUAGAAAGGGGAUUAGAUAUGCAAGGAACCUUUCAAUGGAUUAAAGAUUCUACAUUUGUUUAUUAUACUGAUAAUUAUAAAUCAAUGACCAAGGAAUUUGAAGAUGAACUUUAUUUAUUAUCUAAACGUUUCAAAAAGAUUAUUCGUGAAAAAUCGUUAGCUUUUGAUUGUAAAUUAUGUUUAAUUGAUGAUAGUGCUACUUACGUUUUAAAAACAGAACAUCAUACACGAACAACACCAGAGGUUAAAGAUGAAAUUAAAACUGAUAAUAAUGCAUUUAGUAUAUUAAGUAUUUAA